AUGACAUUUGAAGCAAGUAGAAAAAAACAAGUUCUUGUUCUUCAACCCAGGGGAAAAGCUCUUUAUGAAGAUGAUUCCUCUUUUGGAUCGAGAAUGUUAGCAAAAAUGGGUUGGAAUAAAGGACAAGGACUUGGAAAAGAGCAACAUGGAAAUCUUGAGUUUAUACAAAUACGAUAUAAAAAUAAUGCUAAUGGUUUAGGAUAUGAUGGACUUAAAGACAAUCAAUGGACAGAAAAUGAGUCACAAUUUGAUGAUUUACUUAAGAAACUUAAUGGAUCCAGUUCAAGUAAUAAUGAAGAUAAAAACAUUAAUGAGUUGAGGAAUGUAAAGUCUUUGGAAGAGAAAUCUAAAAGGUCUCGUGCAAGAGUUCACUACAAAAAGUUUACCCGUGGAAAAGACGUUCAUUCUUAUAGUGAAAAAGAUUUGGCAAAUAUUUUAGGGAAGAAAACAUUAAAGAGAAAUGAUCAAACUACAGAUCCAGUGAGUCAAAACACUUUUGAAGAAAAAUCAACUCCUUCUCCUAGUAAUAGUAAUAACAUGAUAAUUGAGUCUGGACUUUCAGUUACUGAUUAUUUUAAGCAGAAAAUGAAAUCAAAACAUUCUGAAACUUCACUAGAAAGCUCACCUGCUGAAGAAACUACUGAAAAUGAAAAAAUCUCUAAAUCAAAAAAGAGAAAAAUCAUUCAGGAAGAAGCUGAGGCUUCUGAUAAUGAUGAAAUCAGAAUUUCACUCAAUAUUUAUGAAAGUAAUACGCAAAAUAUAGAAAAGCCUAAAAAAAAGAAAAAAAGACAUUUAGCUCAGAUAGAAGUUGUUUCCUUCGAUAACAACGAAUUGAAAGAUAAGCAAGAUACGAUUGACGAACAAAAAGAGUUGUCCUCCAAUGUCAUGAAAAAGAAAUCAAAAAAACCUAAAAACGAAGAAAUUACAAAUGAAGAUACUUCGCUCAAACAAAUCAAGGCACGGAAAUCUAAAAAAUCUAAAGAUAUAGCCAAUAAUCACAACUUAGAAAAUGAGAAUACAGAAUUAUCAGAGCAA